CUUUCCACCCCAAAGUCACACACAGUGCGCUUGGGCCGCCUGUGGUCAGCCAGGCAGCUGUCACAUAAGAAGAACUAAACUGGAAACCGGCCAAGUAAGCAUUGUACUACGUUUCUACCAUUGCUCACACUGAAUUAAAAAAGCUAACAAUAUGGACGACACUUUUAUAUUCUUUGAAACACCAUGUGUGAAUUCAAGCGCCCCAGUCAUCCUUCCAUUCAUAACUGGCGGGGUUUCAGCGCUUCUAUGUCUCAUCACUGUGCCGGGAAAUCUUAUCGUGGUUAUGGCAGUGUUCAUUGAUCCGAACAGAGACUUACGUUCUCCGUUCAUGUACUUGGUGGCGAAUCUUGCGAUGGCGGACUUGUUAGUGGGUCUUGUGACAGAACCAGUUUCAGCCUAUUACCACAUAAAAAACGCUCUUGGAGCGAUCGACUAUGACGUUCUCAGUACUGCUGUCCACAUGCCUUUCUUUAUUUCGUGCACGGCUUCUGUUCUGAGUCUGGCCGCCCUCACAGUGGAUCGUUACGUCGCCAUAACAGCACCAUUUCGAUACAGAGCAAACUUGAGUCCUUUGCGGGCUCUAUUUGCCUGUGUUAUGGUUUGGACGAUUUCACUGACCUUUCCUUUUGCGUAUCUGUACUUGGGUUUCUUUAGCUACGCAUUUCUAUUCGCAAAUACUGCAGUCGUGUUGACUUUCCUAGUUCUACUAUUUGCUUAUGUGCGUAUUUACAAGAUAUUUCGUCGUCAAGUUCGUGAAUGGGACAGUUUACAUGACAGCACAGAGGAUAAUCGCGCUAAGAAAAUCAGAAUGCGCUGGGAGCAAAAGAUAACCAAGACAUUACUUAUCAUGUUAGUGUUGUUCAUUUGCUGUUAUCUGCCUGCAUGUGCCGGCAUAUAUAUCAUCAACUUAUGCUCCACAUGCAACUGUGACCUUGUGUUGUACUCGCGUGACGUUCAGUUUCUACUCAUUAUAGCAAACAGUUCUAUGAACCCGUUUGUGUAUUCAUGGCGUCUGAACAACUGCAAGAGAGCUUUUCUUUGGAUUGUUACAUGGGGAAGAAAGGGAAGAAAGACCAACGGGAAAGCUUCGUUCGAAAUGCAGACCAUGAGACGACUCUCGACACGGGCCCGAUCAGAGACACUAGCUAAACUGUAGUACAAUAGUAGCUUCCAUUACUGAUUAAACAACUAUUAACAUAGUAGACCACGAGAUAGAUCAUGAAAUGUCCAUUUAUUUUCUGCGCUCGAAUAUCGUUCCACCGUCUUGCUUUAUAGUUAAAUAUUUGGCUAGAUGACUGAGGUGAUCGAGAGUCAUGAAACUUGCUUGGGUAGGAGGGUGACUAGGAGUAAAUAUAUAGUCUCCUCGUCGUUGCUUACGCGCGGUGCGUAGCAAUAGCUAACUUUUCCUUUUGUGGUUUCUCUCAACUAAAAUACGUCUAAAAAUCACUGAUGAUUUGCGGCCCUUCAAUCGAACUAGACAAAUUGUUUUGAGGGAAAAAUUCUACUUUUAGGUUAGUUGUAAGAAGCACACGAAUGAAAAGCGGACUGUUGGAGGAUGGCCACACAAGGGGGCUGUUCAAGAGAUACACUCUAUUUCCCCUGUUUUUAUUUUUGGUCGGAGACCCUCUCUUUCUUCGUACUGUUAAAACAUUUGACAUUUUUAUUUUGCUUUUCAAAAAUUAAAGGACUCCCUGAUUAAAU